CUCUCACCGGCCGAACCCAACCGCUAAGUUGGCACCGAGCCUCCGGACGCGAGCCGCGACCCAGCAACCGCCGGCGCGGCGCCGCCUACCGCCUUCGCCUCCGGCCGCGUCACCGGCGGCGACCCCGACCGCGUCACAUGACCAGGAACCACACCCCGAAGUCGCUCGCCGUCCUCCUCCGCGCCCGCAUGCACCCGGACGCCCUCCCCUCCUCGCCGUCGCAACUGUCCCCUACUCCGCCCACUGACCCCGACCCCGCCGCCCCACCCGCGGCUUCCGUCCGCCACUGGCUCCAUGCCGCCGCCUCCGCCACCUCCCCGCCCCCCGCGACUCUCGACAGCUUCUCCGAUGGGUACCGCUCCCUCGACCGCGUCGGGCGCCGGGAGGUCCUCCGCUCCCUCGCCACCGACUACGACGUGCCCCGCGCGCGCGUCCGCGACCUCAUGAGACAGUACAUGAGCGUCGCCUCCGCCGCGGCGAUAGGCGUGGAUGGCGCGGAGGCGGAGGAGGGGAAGGAGGGUGCUGCAGCGGCGUUGUACCGGAUGGAGCGGGGUCUCCGGGAGGCGCUCAGGCCCCGGUACGCCGGGUUCCUCGAGGCCAUGAACGCGCAGCCCGGAGGACUCAAGCUCCUCGCCGUGCUCCGCGCUGACCUCCUGGCCUUGCUGGGGGAGGAGAACGCUCCAGCGCUGCGCGCCCUGGACUCGUACUUGAAGGAGAAACUGGUGACUUGGCUCAGCCCUGCGGCGCUGACGCUCCACCAGAUAACAUGGGAUGAUCCUGCCUCCUUGCUAGAGAAGAUUGUGGCAUAUGAAGCAGUGCACCCAAUCAGGAAUCUGAUAGACUUGAAGAGAAGAUUGGGUGUAGGCCGCCGUUGCUUUGGCUACUUCCAUCCAGCAAUACCAGGGGAGCCCCUGAUUUUCAUCGAAGUUGCUUUACACAAAGAUAUGGCUGCAUCUAUACAGGAGGUCUUGUGGGAUGAACCCCCGACUCCUGAAUCUGAAGCCAGCUGUGCACUGUUUUAUGCAAUAUCGUCUACCCAGCCUGGCUUAUCAGGUAUUAAUCUGGGGAAGUUUCUUCUCAAGCGUGUGAUUGAUAUGUUGAGAAGAGAUAUGCCUUCAGUACAGAUUUUUGCAACACUGAGCCCAAUCCCUGGUUUCAUGCAAUGGCUUCGUGCUAAACUGGCCUCCCAAAUGAAAUUAGCAGAGACGGAAUCGCAAGAGGGUAAUUCAUUAGAAGGAGCUAGCUCUACUUUCAGAGAGUCCAUUCUUCUUCCUGAUGAAGAGAAGAUGAUUCAUGAUGCCAUUGAACAAGCUCAUGGGAAACAAGGAAUUGAACUAUUGCAAGAUAUACUGAAAACAAGUCAGUGGGUAAAAUCCGAAAAAUUAUCUGCUGCACUGAAAUCUCCUCUGAUGCGUUUGUGUGCAAGGUAUCUUGCCAGAGAGAAAAUCCGAGGAAAAGCUUUAGAUGCUGUUGCAAAUUUUCACUUGCAAAAUGGAGCAGAAAAAAAUCAAAUAUUUUUUCAAGAAUCAUGUUAUAAUACUGUAGUUUCUUUUGCUGAUCAACACUGGCUAAUUUGGCAGAUGAUUGAGAGAAUUAACUGGAUGGCUGACCAAUCAGAGAAGGGCAUUCAACAAAGUGGAGGUAUCAUGGUCAAUUAUCUUUACAGGUUAGAGAAUAUAGAAGAGUAUGCACUGUCAUAUUCCGGCAAAGGGCUUGUCCAUUCUUCACCUAGCCUGUCCCAGUAUCUUGAGCCAAAGGAUACGUGAAACUGAAUAUUCCAGGCACGAAUUCUGUUUCCACCAAGGUAUUAAAUCAGCCAUUGGAUACUUUGAUCGAAAAGAAGGAUAUUAUACUGGCCUUCCUCUAUUAAUUGUGAACGUAGAGAAUUCAUAUGAUAGGUCUUACGGUUUUAUAGUUUGUAAGAGGGUAAGUUUGAGAUAGCUGGGAUGAUGUAACGGAAAUAAUGCACAUUAUGUCUGCCUACUGCGUAAGAAUACCAGGAGGAAAAAGAACGUUUAGAUAGCUGGAAUCAGGCUGGUCCAGGCCUUCAGGGUCUACUGUAUAUUCAUGCACACUUUUUUUUGGCACUGUUCUGCGUAUGCUUCGGUCUGGUGAACCAUGUUGGCUUCUGCAGGGGCAAAUUUCAAUGUGCAUCGUCCAGUAUUGGCACUGGUGUCUGCACCUCUGCACGCCCGCUACUUGGGAUAGAUUGGUCAUUGGUGUAUCCGGGACAUGUCACCGUCCUAAACGACUUAUAUUUGUAAUCCGAUAGAGUAUGCAUGGUACCUGUAUAGUAUAACCUGUUGAAAUUGUUCUUAAGUGCAA